CCUGACAUUUGCAAUGUAUAUUCAUCUCAGGAGGACUACGAAAUGGAGACCGAGUUUGUCGAAGGAGACUAUGAAGACGAUGAUGAUGAUGUUGAAGACUUCUAUGGAGCGGGAGAUUCCGAUGAUGACUCAUCGGACGACUCCUCAGACGGCGAUGGCAGUGGCGGUAGCAAACGCGUAGAGAUGGAAUACGAAGACGAGACUGAUAUUGUGAAGGACGGUGGUUUGGAGAUUGGCGGAAGAGGUGUAGGGGAUGAUUGGUAG